AAAAAAAUAAAAUUAAAAAAAAAUCCUUUUUCAAGUCUACACCCACCCUCUCUCUGUCUCUCUCUAGUCUCUCCCUCCCUCAAUUUUCUUGUCCAAAUUUUUGCUACACUUUCAGUUUUCUAGGGUUUUUUUCACAAAUUUCCCUCUUUUCUUGCUAUUUUCCCACUCAAAUCCAAAAUUCUCACUCUCACUCCCCUCUUUCUUCUUUCUACUUCAUGGGUUUUUCAAUCCUCUCAAAUCUGAACAAAUCCCUAAAUUUUUUUCUCCCAAAUUCCAUCUCCAUUAAGCAAUAAUUUCAAUGGACCAAACCCUGAUUUUCGAAUUAAGUUCCGACGAUGAAGUGGGCCUCGAUAAUUCUUCCCUCGCCGAUAAAUUCGAUUGGGUAACGAAGCUUCUUGAGGAAGUUGGUGCUGAAGAUCAUGACCCCAUCUCCAAUGGCGGUUUUUUUGACUGUGCUAUCAAUAAUAAAGAUGUUGGUGUUGAUGAUGAUGGUAAUGAUUCAGACGACGUCGUCGUGGUAGGUGAAGUUAUAGUUCAAAACCCCAAAAAACCCAGAAAUUUGGUGCUUAGCAACGAUGAAAGUGAUGAUGAUGAUUGUGUGAUGUUGGAUGGUGACCCGGAUAAACAAAAUAAGCACAAAGAUGAGGUUAAGGAUUCCGAAGACGAUUCGGAUGAUUUGCUUAUUGUCGGCGAAAAGGGUCAGGUCGCAUGCAGAGAUUAUCCCCAUGCGCGGCAUCUUUGUGCCAAAUUUCCUUUUAGUUCUACAUCACAUGAAAGCCGCUGUGAUUUGUGCCAUUGCUAUGUUUGUGACUCACUUGCUCCAUGUUCCCUUUGGGGUUCUGGAGUCUCAAGUAUUGAUCACUGCCAUGCUACUGAUAAGGAAGAAUUCUGGAAGCUUGAGAGAAAAAGAUUGAGGCAGGUCAAAAACCCUCCACUUCCCAUGCCAAUUACGAAGCCUAUUGCUGGUUCUGUGGCUCCACCUGCACAAAUGCAGCAGAUUUUCGCAGAACCCAAUCAACUUUUGAGGUCAACUUCGACCUGUGGGGUGUCGUCAACUUUUGGCCUCCCAAACAUCAUUAGAAGUCAAAGAUCGAGUAUCGCUGUAGCAUCAAAUAGAUUCCCGCCUCAUCUUCUUAAAAAUUGCAAUGGUAAUGCUCAAGUCCAGGGCAAUAGAGGUGCAAGUUUAGCUCCUAAAACUCCUUCUCAUCCUGUGUUCAAGAGGUCUGGAUUAACAAAUAGGACUGUGGUUGCUAAUCGACCUACUUACCGCGCACCGAACAAUGUUAAUAUACCUUCUUCUCAUCACAUGUUCAAGAGGUCUGGAUUAACAGGUAGAACUGUGGUUGCUAAUCGAUCUACUUACUGCGCACCGAAGAAUCUGAAUGUACCAUAUUUACAGCUACCGAAUCAGCAGAUAACAGGAAAUCUUACUGAAAACAAUUCCGCUAACUCAACGAUGUCAUCCCUUCACUUGGAUUUAAAUCCCAACUUUUGCAUGCCAAGCCCAAGCAGUAUAUCCCCUUGUACAAUGCCUCCACAGUUGCGAGGAUAUAGUCAGCCUAGUCCUCAUACACCAACUUCGCAGUUUCAUGGUAAUGGCCACUCUGCUGCUGUAGCAAGUAAUAGCCCCUAUACGUAUACAUUCGUGAACCAAAUGCAAAAUGUUCCUGGUCUGGUUCUUCCUCAUGAUACCAAUUUGCAAAAUAGUACGACACUUUGCAAUGAACAACCUUCGGCAGUAACUCAGAACAUUUGUGGUCCGAACAUUUCUUGUAGUACUCCUGAUAUCCGAAGCAGCAUUAGACAACGGAGCCAUCAAACUUCAGCAGAACAAAGUUAUUGUAGUCCAAUAUUUUCUGUUAGUAUGUCUAAUGCAUUGGAUGGUGUUGCACAGAGCUGCCAGCAGCCUGCAGCUGAGAACUCCUUCGCUCAAGGUGGAGUUCCUAUGCACGAAAUUUUACCAUCACUAGAGCACAAGGACUCCUCGGAAAAUAUGGAAGAGUUGGCUUUUGAUUUUGAGAAUUGGCUCCAGGAUAGCGAUUCUAUUCUUGGUUCGCAGGAGGAGUCUUUCUUGUUGGAUAUGAAUGAUCAAGCUUUAGCACCUACACCAGUUGAUGCAGGUAUGCUCUAUAUUGAUUUUGAGACAUCCUGGAAAGGGUUGACUCAUUCAUAACAGUUACUUCCCAUCCCUGUUGCAUUACUUAAAUUUAAAUGUAGUUAAAAAAUACCCAGUUUGUGUAUCUAGAGGUUAUUAGAGGCCAAUUGCAGCUGUUUUUGUAUAGUUGUAUACAGAGGGGACGAAAAUGUUGCCUUUUAAUUAAAACAUUGUACAUAUAGUUUAAAGUGCUGGAUCAGUCUGAGUUAUGUGCUUGGUACCUCUUCUUUCUUUC